CUAUGCCUCCUGCAUGUCCUAGAAUAUUCUCUACAAUACAGACUAUACUGCACCUGCUCGCUGCCCGCUGCUCGCCCUCCUGCUCACACGCUCACCGUACAUAUGCGCCCAGAGAAGGCUUAUUACAUCGUCUGACCUAGCAUCCUCUUACAUGUCUUACACCGACCACGACCGCUACUACCGCCGCCAUGAAACGCACUCUUCAAGACCUCGCGACGUAGACCCAUACUCCACACGCCAUGCACCGCCUGCCGCUCCGCGCGAGAAGCCAGCUAUGCGGGGCAGCAUGAACAGCUACGCUCCCUCGUCCUACUACGACUCGUACGACGCCCGCGACUCUCGACGAGCACCUGCACUCCCUCGACGCCACGUCAGUACACGCAAAGCCACCUGGCCGCCAUCGCCAGCCGUCGAGGACGAAAACGAUGCUGUGAGGAAAGAGGUGUCCUCGGUGGUGGGGUCGGAGGAGGGCGAGCCGCCGAUCAACACACGGGGCACCGUCGAUCAAGACCAUCUGCUUGACGAGAUCGAACAGCCAAGACUGCCCGAGAAUGACGACCGAAGGUUCGUCUUCGUUCCUGGCGUUGACAACGAUGGCCUCAGUGCAGAAUCCAGUGCUGGUGGAGCGCGCAGGAAGAGCUUCGCAGAGCGGGGGAACAUGCCGCAUCUAAACACCCAUGUCGAAAGCGACCCAAUCUUGUACACUUCACGUGUCUCGACGCCCUACUCGUACACGCCGCAGAAGGAAUCGAACGCGCCCGCGGCUGCAUUCGUGCUCUCGCCCGAGCCUAUCACGCCCGCCAAUCCUAGCAACCCUAGGACGGCUGCCAAUCGAGAUGGGUGGGAUGCACGGAGGGAUCAGAACGCCAGGCCACCGAGGUCGAUACCAGCACAUACACGACAGGAUCCAUACGCCCGGUCUCCACCCCAGGUAGCGAAGGACGACGUCUUCGACGAUGACACAGCUUCAGAAGGAGAAAACACAGCCCAUUUACGGAUCAACGAGCGAAAGCCCGCGCGCUACAGCUUCGUGAAGAGCGAGGCUCAGAAGGAAGAUCUGAGAGCGAAUCUGCGAGAGAGUCAGGAGCCACCAAGGCGCGAUUCUUCACAGCGACCACCGACUGCACGCACAGGCUAUGAGAAUACCGCAAGCUCAUCCAAAGAAAGCUCUUACCAGUCUCCACGCUCUUCAUCGUCAUCGAUCAACAGCGAGAAAAGGAGAUCAAGACCUACUCCAGUGGAUACCCUAUACGCAAAUAGUCCUCGACCAUCGAGUCGGCCAAGCUCGCCACAGUACCGCGCACCAUCACCAAAACUCCCAAUGCGACUGCGCGAAUCACCCCCCGGCUCUCGGCCCUCGUCUCGAGGCAAUGCGGCUCGACCGUCUUCUCCCCUCGCAUGGUCAUCUACGAUUUACCCUCCAUCCCCACGGCAGGCACCGAUAUCUGAGGCAGAUUUUCAUUCCACAUACCCGCCUGUGACUGCCAACGACCGGCCGAGACCAUCUUCACGUUUUGGCAGGCAUGAGACGAUACAGAUCCCUCCUCCUCGGGUAGACGUUCAAAGUCCCUCGCCGGUCAGGCCGUCGCCGGUCAGGCCGAACAAUCCUCUGCCAUAUCCGGUAGAGGACUAUCACGCUGACGUCUGGAUGCCACCAGAAGAGCAUUAUCAGUUCGACCACUCCACUGUGCCUCCUCCGCGACAGCUUAUCGCAGAUGCACCGAGAGUUGCCUCACCCUCGAUUUCCAAUUCACCACGACAAGGUGAUGCUUUUCGAGAGCGCUCUGCUAGACCCCGAACGCCACGGUCUGAAGAGGCGCCCCGCCAAAGGCGAAGCAGAUCGAACAGUGCCGACUCAAAGCACAGCAGAACAGUUAAACUUCUCGACAGACCGUUGCCAGCCUGCCCGCGAAAAAAACCGACCGAUCGCUACGACGAUUGGUACUCGCUCUCCGGCUACCACAAUUUUGACGUAUGUCCUAGCUGCUACGAUGGCAUCUUCGCAGAUACACCUUUUGCCGCUCACUUUUCGCAAACCCGUCGCCGUGAACGCCCCACCGAGCGAUUCUGCGACUUCAGUAGCCCUUGGAUGCGUCUCGCGUGGCUCAUGACCAUCAAACAGCGCCGUUCUGGACUGGACCUACUGUACGCGCUGGCAGACGUGAGCGAUGCCGAACGUCCAUGUCCUGAGGAGCGCGAACUCAGCACCGACCGAAUGAACUGGUACGGAAUACCCGAUCCGCGCGACGGCCUGCACGUUGCCAACUUCGCUAUCUGCUCCGCGGACGUCAAGAUGCUGGAGAUCCUCUUCCCCAGCGUGAAAGGCUACUUCACGAGACUACCACCCACCUCCGCAUACACUCCCGAAAAGCACACUUGUAGCCUGCGCACUGGCUCGCGCCGCUUCCCACAAUAUCUCGAUCUCCUCGUCGAGCUCGAUGCCGAAGCCGACUCCAGUGGCCAGCGCCCUAACAUGUCCAAAUUCACCAAAAUGGCGCGUGACAACGCCUUCAAACGCGAAUGCACCCGCGACAAAGCCUUCGUGCGCAAGCCCUGGCACUUCAUCCCCUCGCUCCCCGAAUUCACCGUGUGCGAGGAGUGCUUCGAUGCAGUCAUCUGGCCGCGCGUGCAGAACAGCGCACUUGCGCGCCUCGUCAACAAAACCAUCCAGCUCGUGCCCAACGAGGACCUCGAGCUGGGAAGCAGUUGCUGUCUGUACAGCACGCGCAUGCGCCGCGUCUGGGACGUGUGCGCCGACGAAGACGACUUGACGUAUCUCGAGCGCAAGGUCCGAGAGCGCAGGCGCAAGGAAGUGGUGUUUGCCAAGGAGCGCAGGGGCGUGCUGCAGUGGCUUGUGGGGCUUGAGAAGGGGAGUCGCACGUGGGAGCGGGCGCGGGAGGAGCUCCGCGUGCUGGAAAGGGAGUGGGCGAAUUGUGAAUAGUGGGCGAACAUUACCAUGGAGAUGAAUCGAGUCAAUGUCUGUUUGCAGCCGAAUCUGUUGUAUCGGUGUUUUUCGAGAGCGUGUGGCUUCGCUGAACCAUGGGACAGUGAUUUGGUGAAGGCCUCUGACUGGCUGUGAUAGUCUGGUUUGACGUCCUGCAGGGUCACAAUGUUAACGUGGGAGCUAAUGAAGUGCAGAGAAGCUUCUUUGUUGGUACCAUGGUAUGCACCUGCAUUAGGGAAUCCGUCCCACGGUUUAAGAUCUGCACAAG